GUUUAGUAAAGUUAGAGCAAAGCUGAAUUAAUGUCUUAGAAGAUCAGAUAAGGAUUCAUUAGUAUUCUACAUAACACAUUCCAAUAUAAUAGCAUUGUAUAACGUUAUUAUUACACCAAAAACACCCAUUUAUUUCUUUCUUAUGAGAUUUUUGGAUGGUUAGUUGAGCAAUCAAGCCCCAACGAUAGUGGAUAUCCAUAAGGCUAGUUCAUUAUGUGACCCCCAACUAGCCCUAAAAUGCAGGACAACAAUAGCGCCGUGCUCUGAGCUGCGACAACAGCGCUGUGCUCUGAGCUUCGACACUUGACUCGAGCCAAGGGACUUCGGUCAGUCAGUCGAUUAGACAGCACUCCACCGACCGCACGCACCUGCGACAGGUCUGUGAAGCACUGAUGUAGGCUCCCCGGUGGGCAAGGAAUGGACCAAGGCCAUGGCGAAUUGUAAUCCACUUAGAUCACCGUCCACCCUCAGUGAGGUCAACCUGGGACCCUCGGCAAACCCACAUGCCAAGCCCACUGACUUUGACUUCUUGGCUGUUAUUGGAAAAGGGACCUAUGGGAAGGUCCUGCUCGCCAAGCUCAAAGCUGACAACAAAUUCUAUGCGGUCAAAGUUUUACAGAAGAAAGUCAUCCUGAAGAAAAAGGAGCAAAAGAACAUCAUGGCAGAGAGAAACGUGCUGCUGAAGAGCCUGAAGCACCCUUUCCUGGUGGGCCUCCACUACUCCUUCCAGACCCCAGAGAAGCUCUACUUUGUCCUGGACUAUGUCAACGGGGGAGAGAUCUUCUUCCACCUGCAGAGAGAGCGGUGCUUCUUGGAGCCGAGGGCUCGGUUUUAUGCUGCUGAGGUUGCCAGUGCCAUCGGCUACCUUCACUCCCUCAACAUCGUUUACAGAGAUCUGAAGCCAGAGAAUAUUCUCUUAGACUCUCAGGGCCACGUGGUGCUUACGGACUUUGGGCUGUGUAAAGAGGGAGUGGAGCCGGAGACCACCACGUCCACUUUCUGUGGAACCCCUGAGUAUUUGGCCCCUGAGAUUCUGCGUAAGGAGCCCUAUGACCGCACUGUGGACUGGUGGUGUCUGGGAGCUGUGCUCUAUGAGAUGAUCUAUAGUCUUCCUCCUUUUUACAGCCGGGACAUGUCUGAGCUGUAUGAUGGUAUCCUGCACAAGCCUCUGCCUCUGCCCCCAGGGAAGUCAGACGCUGUCUGUAGUCUGCUCCAGAGCCUCCUGCAGAAGGACCAGCACUGCAGGCUGGGAGCCAUCGACGACUUUUUAGAAAUCAAGAACCACGUGUUCUUCUCCCCGAUUAACUGGGAUGACCUGUACCACAAGCGGAUCACUCCUCCAUACUACCCCAAUGUGAAAGGGCCAGCGGACACCCAGCACAUAGACCCAGAGUUCACCAGAGAGAUGGUGCCUAACUCGGUGGGCCGCACCCCUGAGCUGAACGCCAGCACCAGCAGCAACAACGCCUUCAAUGGCUUCUCCUACGUCUGUGGUGAAGAAGACAGCUUCCUCUAAGACAGGGAAGAAGGGCCCUCACAGCACCGCCACUGCCUGAGCUCGAGGUAGAAGUUACCCCUAACCACAUAUCUAGGAUUCAAUUCCUCAACCCCAAAUCCUAACCUUAACCUCUAAGUCAGGAGGUGAAAAAGAUAUUUGGCCCUUGAUCAGUUAGUGGCAACCUCUGUCAACUUCAUUGGCCACAGCCAUAAAAAUGGAGCACAUUGAACAGAAUGCACUUUUUGUGUAGGCUAUGCACAGUGGCUGCCACGUCUGUUCAUCUAGACGUCAUUAGAACAGGCAGAUGCAGCAGGCUCUAAUGAUAUGUGUGAAAAUCUAGUCCAAACCAUAUUUCUGCUCUUUUAUUGCUGUUUUUAAUACAAACACGGUGGACAUUCCAAACAUUUGUUAUUUUAAAUGAACUGUGAUGAUUGCCCAACAAUGUAUUAUUGAUUUGAAAACCUGCUGUUUCUGUUAUCACUGAUUUUUUUUGUAGAUUAGAUUAGAGGCUCGACUCUAUUUGUUGCAUCUAGGCAUGCGUAAAGGGAUAGCUCACCAAAUUACAAAUGUACUUAUUGGUUUUCUUUUCCUGUCAGCAGUCUAUAGAAAAGGUUUGACGGCAAUUAUAGAAGAUUUGAACAUGCGUGGAAAAUGUGUGUAUCAGUACCAUGACUUAAAUGGGAUUUGUGCCACAAAGUCGUGGUACCGAUAUAAGCAAUCUAUGGACAAGGUAUGACAGCAAUCGAUGCUUUGGCUUCCCUGGCACUGUUUCCAAAUGUACAAAAGCUGAAGAACAUUCGCACAUACAGCUACUUUUUUUGCCGGUGCUGGAGUUAUUGGGAAACUCAUGAAAAAUGUAAACACUGCACACUGCUGUUCAUGCUCCCAGGUGAUUUUAUUGAAACAAAGUCUAGACCCUUAGGUCUUCAUCAGGCAUCCAACGUUUUAGCAUUUGUGGAACAAAUCCUGGUACCGAUAUUAGCACUUUUUCACACACAGGUUCAAGUCAUGUAUAAGUGACUUUGUUGAGCUUCCCAAUCAAUUUGAGAUACUUUCUCGUGAUUUGAACAUGUCGGAAAAUGCUAAUAUUGGUACAAGGACUUGGCUGGAUUUGUUCCACAAAUGCUAAAACCUUAGCAUUUGGAAACAUUUCAAGGGGAAAUAAAACCAAAGCACAGAUUGCUGUUAUACCAUAGACUUCUUACAGGGUAUGGAAACCAACGUGUUAUUUUGUAAUGUGGGUGAGCAUUCCCUUUAACAGCAACAUAAACCUACGCCAUCUUCGUACAACUGUAAAGGUGCGUGCCGUGGUGUUCUUAACCUUGUGAAACAAGCCAUAUGAUUGUGUCAACACGACGGGUGACAUUAAAGACUGACUCAUGCCAGCACCGUGUUAAAGGUGACUGAUGCACAAUGAAGUAUGUGUACAUAAAAACGUUAAAAUAAAUAACUAUCCAUAUGUU